AUGAUGUCGCCUACAUCCUCCUGGUUGGAAUUCGAAAAACUUUCAACUCCGGAUUCUUGUCUGCCUGAUCGUGAUCUGCUUGCCCGUCUUCUUAUGUCAAAUUCAUGUUACGAAGCAAUGCCUGUAUCCGGUCGCUUAACUAUUUUCGACCAAAAACUUCUAAUGUGGGACGCUUUCAUGCUUCUCGUGAAUAGUGAAUCUCGUCAUGUUCUUCUCAGCGACUCAGAGCAUGACAGCGCUAUUACUGGAAUACUGUCUGUGACCGACUUCAUUCGAGUAAUUAUCAAAAUGUUUCGCGAAAAGGACUCUGCUAUGGAUAUAAAGAUCAAUGACCUCGGUGUAAUGACAAUAAAACAGUUUCGAGAACUUGUGCACAAGGCGGGAAAAUUACGGAAGCUAGUGUCGAUUAGUGUUGAAAAUAGUCUGCUGGAUGCUGUACGCAUAUUAUCAGCCUAUCGUGUUCAUAGUCUUCCCGUACUUGAUCCGUUAGCAGGGAAUCCAGUCGCUGUUCUUACUCAUAAACGCAUAUUAAAGUUUAUAUGGGCUUUUGGUCGGAAACUUUUCCAUCCGGACCAUUUUGCUAUGUCGCCCAGAGAGCUCCAUAUCGGCACAUGGUGUGGUGUUCGCGUUGUUUACCCUGAUACGCUACUUAUCGACUGCCUCGAGAUAUUGCUAAAUCUAGGGGUAUCUGGUGUGCCUGUAGUAGAUCGCAACACUCACAAAGUUUUGGAUGUAUAUUCCCGGUUUGAUGCAAUUGGAGUCGCUUUGCACAAUGAAGGCCUCAUGUUGCUCAAUGCAUCCGUAAAGGAAGCACUUAAAUUCAAACAUAUCUGUCAGAGUCGAUGCGAGCGAGUAGUCUCUGUUCGAGAAAAUGAGACCUUCUACUCAGUGAUCUCUACUCUGGUCCAUCACAAAGUUCAUCGAGUAUGUGUUGUCGAUGAAAACCAUGUGUUACAGGGAAUCAUAUCACUUUCGGACGUGCUGAAAGCUCUCGUUUUGGAGCCUGCAAAGUAUAUGAAUCCUCGUUCAGCUGCUCCUAGACGCGUAUCCCAGGAAUCUUUCGACUUGUCCAACAUGGAAUUAUAUAUACGCUCGCUAAAUGAAGCAGAGGAAGCGCAUGAAGUGCCUGCAAAAACAACUUGA